CUUCAAUUCCCUCAGUUCUCCAUGCAAAGGAGCUGAUCGUCUCCCUUCGAAUAUCACACGCAAUGUUCCGGCCCCAUGGAAUUCUAGCACCCUUUAGGGCUCUAGAACGAGCCAUUGCGCCCUCUACUGUCCGCGUUGCCUCCUACUCUACCUCGAUCCUCUCCUCCGCCGUCACAACCACUACCCCCUCUUCCUCCUCCACGACGUUACUACGAACCAACACCACCCGCCUUCUUCCUCCUACCACUACUUCUCUUCUCAACCUUUUCACCCGGCAGCAAGUUCGUCACGCCUCCCACGCCUCCCAAGGUGCCGCGAACCGACACUCGCGCGAUCCGGCCGGCAAACGUCUCGGCGCGAAGCGUGCCGCCGGCGAGUAUGUGGUUCCAGGAUGCAUCAUCUUCCGGCAGCGGGGGACGAAGUGGUUUCCCGGCGAGAACUGCGCCAUGGGCCGGGACCACACCAUCUACACCACCCAGUCCGGCUACGUGAGGUACUACCGCGACCCGGAGCGGCACCCGGACCGCAAAUACAUCGGCGUCGCUUUUGACAAGGACGGCAAGCUGCCCACGCCGCGGAACGCGCCAACCCGCCGCCGGCUCGGUAAGGUCGCCGUGCGGUUCGAUCCCGCCGACCUGGCCAUCAACCAGAAGCAGCAGUCCGACUUGGUGGCUGAGGUCACGGCGGAGGGGACGACGGUCGGCGCUGUGCCCGCGGCGGCGAUGAAUGCGGGACUGCAGCUCCGCCCCGGCUACAUGUACCGUGAGGCGAACUGGCAGAUUGGUCGAGUUGCGGAGAAGGCCGGAAUUACUGCCCAGGCGCAUCGUCCUAAGAACCGCUGGCUGGCGUGGCGAAAGAGAGUGGCUCGCACUGAACGCUGGGCCCAGAUGAAGAGCUUGAAGAACCGGAAGAGCACGAAGAAAGGCAAGAAAUGAACGGUAUGAAUCCAGUGCCGUCGGCUCUGGGAACCCGGGUUCGAUCGACCUUCAGCCGGUUGGUCGGGGCUUCUGGGUCCUUUCGCCUUUUGCUCGCUCAGCUGCCUUGCUCGAUUUACGUCCGUGAUGUGAUACUCGGUCCUUGCAUGCAGUAAUAUCUUUUUGUCUGUGUCUUCUCGUCUCUGGCAUUUGCGUACAGUUAUGGGGUUUACUUCGGGUAUUUGCUUUUCCAUCUCUCAUAUUUCAUGUAUUAUAAGAUGUUUCCAACAUGUUUCUGCUUCUGCCCAUUUGUGCAACUAGAACACUGGUUGAAUUGAUUCUAGAUGAAUAGUCAU